AAUUACAAAUGUGUUCCUCUUCAUUCUCUUGCUAAUAUUCACUCUUGUUGUAUUCAUCUUCAAAAAAAGAAGCAAAUCAAACCUACCCCCAAGCCCUCCAUCACUUCCUAUUCUCGGCCAUCUCCACCUGCUUAACAAACCCCUCCAUGAAACCCUACUUAACCUCUCUCACAAGUAUGGUCCAGUAAUGUUCCUCCGGUUCGGUGUCCGCCCAGCAGUCGUUAUCACCUCUCCGUCCGCAGUUGAAGAAUGCUUCACCAAAACAAACGACAUUGUGUUAGCCAAUCGACCACUAACCCCUUCUUUUAAACACUUUAACUAUAACUACACGGCCAUGGGCGCCGCCCCGUAUGGUGACCUUUGGCGUGCUCUACGUCGAGUGUCUGCUUCCGAGCUCUUAUCCACCUCCCGUCUCGAUGCCACCGCGCAUUUGCGUGAACAUGAGGUCAAACUUAUGUGUAGACAUAUUAUCAAACAAUCUUCACAUGAAGUAGAUCUCAAGUCUUGGUUUAGAGACCUUUUGAAUAACGUAACAACAAUGGCCAUAAUAGGGAAGAGGUAUUAUGGAGAUGAUGUUAAUGUUGGCGAUUUAAAAGAAGCGUUGGCGUAUCGCGACAUGGUAGAGGGGAUGUUCAAGCUGAUACGUACGCCAAAUGUUGGAGAUUUUCUGCCGGUUUUAGGGUGGUUUGGUGUUGGGGGUGUUGAGAAGAAGUUGAUUAGUUUUAUGAAGAUAAUAGAUAAGUUUCUUGAAGAGGUUAUAGAAGAACGUCGUCGUAUAGGGAGUGGUGAGUCGGGGAUCAUGGUGGAUAAAUUGCUCGCUUUACAACAAGAAGAACCUGAGCUUUAUACCGAUGAAAUCAUUAAAGGCCUUAUACUGACAAUGUUAAUUGCUGGUACAGAAACGCCAUCCUUAACACUUGAGUGGUCUAUGUCGUUGUUACUCAACAAUCCAAAAGCUAUGGAAACUGUCAAGAACGAGAUCCACAAUCAUGUUGGUUUUGAAUGUUUAGUACAAGAAAGUGAUUUGGGUAAACUAAGUUAUCUUCAAAACGUUAUAAAUGAGAGCAUACGUUUGUACCCAACUCUUCCCUUACUACUUUCACGUGAAGCUUCUAAGGAUAUCACAAUUGGUGGCUACUCGGUGCCUCGUGGAACAAUGUUGAUGGUUAAUGCAUGGGCCAUUCAGAGGGAUCCUGUCCUGUGGGAUGAACACGAUAAGUUUAUGCCUGAAAGAUUUGAUAACGAUAAGAGGGUUGACAAUAAAUACAACAUUCUUGCGUUUGGUGUAGGUAGGCGUGCAUGUCCCGGAACCAAUUUAGGGUAUCGUAUCCUUGGGUUGGCAUUGGGAACUUUAAUUCAAGCAUUCGAAUGGGAGAAGAUAGGAACUGAGGAGGUCGACAUGACUGCUUUUUAUGGCGUGUCUAUGGGAAAACUAAAACCGUUACAAGCCCUUUGCAAACCGCGUUCAAACAUCACACAUAUUCUUUAGGGUUUGGAUUUAUAUGUAAAAUUCAAUGUAAAGU